UCUGCUCCAAUUUAUUUUCUUCACCACUAUCAAAUUUCCUCUCCAAAUUUUUCCGGUGAAAAAUGUCAGGCCGCGGCAAGGGAGGCAAGGGGUUGGGCAAGGGAGGAGCGAAGCGUCACAGGAAGGUGCUGAGGGAUAACAUCCAGGGCAUCACCAAGCCCGCCAUCCGCCGUCUCGCUCGCCGUGGCGGAGUCAAGCGUAUCUCCGGCCUCAUCUACGAGGAGACCAGGGGUGUCCUCAAGAUCUUUCUCGAGAACGUCAUCCGUGACGCCGUCACUUACACCGAGCACGCUCGCAGGAAGACCGUCACGGCCAUGGACGUCGUCUAUGCGCUCAAGAGGCAGGGAAGGACCCUUUACGGAUUUGGGGGUUAAAUUUUUGGGUAUUAGUUUAGGGUUGGUUCUAGGGUUCUUAUGUUUAGAACUGGAAUAGUUAGUAUAUUUGGUUGAUGAAUUUGCUGUUCAUGUAAUUUGCAACCGUGUUUGGUAGUAAUGGAAGUUCAAUUUCUCUAA